AUGGUGGCUACCGUAGUCGUAGUGAAGUGUAGUUAUUUUUCAGUACCAAUAAUACCUGAAUACCUCUUACGUAUAUCACAUCCCAACAAAACGGACCUUCUACUAUACAAUAAACCCAUCCAAGAGGGAGAAUCAGGACAUAAAAUCGAAAAGAGACAGAUUUUGUGGGAUGACGAUGCUUGGGAUAUCCCAAUGCUUAGUACUGAUAUGGAUGAAGAUCUUUCGGAAGAACGUCCUGUCACUUCAACGCGGAGGCCAGAGAAAAACCGCAAAACAUCGAAGCAAAAAACCAAAGAGCCUUCGAAGGAACAACCAGCUAUUGAAAGGUCAGAUUAG